AUGACUCAAAAGAUGAUUGAAGAUAUCAAAUUAAUCAGAGAGAGAAUGAAACAAGCCCAUGAUCGCCAAAAGAGUUAUGCAAACUUGAAGAGAAAUGAAGUGGAAUUUCAAGCAGGGGACAAAGUGUUUGUUAAGAAUGCCCCACACAAACAUGUCAUGAGUUUUGGUAGAAAAGGAAAGCUUGCUCUGCGAUACAUUGGUGCUUUUGAAGUGCUAGAAAACAUUGGCAAAGUAGCUUAUAGACUUGCAUUACCAUUGAGCAUGGAACAAGUGCAUAAUGUUUUUCAUGUGUCAUUGUUAUGCAAGUACAUAUAUGAUCCUUCUCAUGUAUUACAAGCAGAGGAAGUGAAUCUGAAGGAGAAAUUGAUUUAUGAGGUGCGUCCAGUCCAAAUAUUGGAAAGAAAGAUUAAAGAGUUCCGGAAUAAAAGUAUUCCACUUGUCAAAGUUCUUUGGAGAAAUCACAAGGUUGAGGAAGCUACUUGGGAAGUGAAGCAAGACAUGAGAGAUCGUUACCUAGAGUUAUUUGCUUAA